AAAGAGUCAUCAAGCUAGCUAAGAAGGAGUGAGCUAGCUAUCUUAGGGAUAAGUGAGCUAGCUAGCUUGGAAAGAGUGAUCAAGCUAGCUAAGAAGGAGUGAGCUUAACUAUCUAGGAAGAAGUGAGCUAGCUAGCCUAGGAAGGAAUGAGCUAGCUAUCUUACGGAUAAGUGAGCUAGCUAGCUAGGAAAGAGUGAUCAAGCUAGCUAAGAAGGAGUGAGCUAGCUAUCUUUGGGAUAAGUGAGCUAGCUAGCUAGGAAAGAGUGAUCAAGCUAGCUAAGAAGGAGUGAGCUAGCUAGCUAGGGAUAAGUGAUCUAGCUAGCUACCAAGGAGCGAACUCUGACAUUCUAAAUUACCAAUAGCACACUCCAAACAGAGAACUACUACCCAAAACUUCUGAUUCCAACCUAUUUCAAAUUGUAUCAAAUCAAACUUAGUCCGCGUUUCGCGGCCACUACGAGAGGAUGGCUCUGAACGAGUCUCAGGGAAGGGUCCAAUGGCAGAGGGCAGUAACAAACACACUGGACAUCCUGAGGAAAGCUGGAGCGACGCAAACGGAGAUUUCGACAGCCGCAAAACACGUAAAAGUAAGAUUCUCCCAGUGCAAAUUGUCAUCAAUGAAGAAUUGAAUCGAUCCUUGUCAACGCACAGUUCGCUUAUCGCAGUUACUACAUCAGGAGGAAUCAGAAAAUAGGCGCUCGUAAGAUCUUAAUUGUAACGCGUAGAUUUAUGUGAUUUGAGAAAAUUAAAAAAAUUGUUCUCAGCGGAAACUGAACACGAACUUAAGAAGGACUCUCGUAUAUUGGAGACUGCUGAAGCCAUGCAAGCUGUUGCCUGGAUGGAAAUGAUGUAUCAGGAUUCUGGAUUGUCAUUGGAGAAAGCCAACGAAGCUGCAACAAUUAUUCAAGUAGAGAAUGUUCAAUUUAGGGUGAUAUCACUGUGUCAACUUAACCCUUUACAACCCAAAUUAUAUUCGACUUUAAAAAAAAAUGAUAUAAUAAUAUAUUCGGUGAUGAAUUUUGAUAAACACAAACUUCUAAUUGUUUCAUGGUAUUAGAAAUUAUACAAUAGUUACUGCAAAUAAAUUUUUUUAUAAGCUACACUAUUAUUUGAAAGUAGGGACAGUAUAGUGUAUCGUAAAAUUGAAAGGUUUAUUGUAGAUGAGAAUCUUGUGAUCCAUCUUGAUCGUCUUUGUUAUCCAUAAUUUUCAAUUUUAAAGUCCAAAAAGUUCAAUUAUUAUUAUUUUGUAUACAAAGAAAGCGUACAAGAAAUAUCGUAUGAGAAAAGACAGCUACAAUGUGCAAAAGUUGGAGUCCACGAAGUCGAUGGUGGUGGAAGCUGUUAUCGAUAAUUUGCAUCACAAGGUUUUCGACAGAGUGACGUCGCGCGAGAACAUUCCGGAAGAAUAUGGCACCCGAGAGGAGUUGAUGGUCGCCAGUACGAAGGUUCAGCUAGCUUUUAAAGAACACUUAAGGACAACGCGUAUUUCGAAAGAAGGUUAUUUGGGACUUGUCAAACUCGACGAAGAGGAAUACGAAGAGGAUGAAGACGAAGAGGAGAUCGAAACCAUAGAACAAGGUCCAGAUUCUGAACACCAUCCACUGCAAUCUGAAGCGAAGUCUGACAUGGAAUACACGGAAGAACAGUUGACGGAAGCGGAAGCGGAAGUGGACGAGCAAGAAGGCACGGAAUACGAAAUUGCGACGGAGUUUUUGCAAACGGAACCAGAAACCGAGUAUUUUACGGAGCUAGAAUUAGAAGAAGAGACCGAAGGUGAAGGAAAACCAAAGAAUUAAUGACUUUUUGUGGCGGUGGGGAAAUUUAUGUAGCAUGCACUGCAUAAAUAAUAACGAAACUGUUGCAGAGUCGGAGGAGGAAAGAGAAAUGGCGAAAUCCA